AUGCCUUGCACGUUUGACUCCCCGGGGCUUGUCUCCGUCUGCAAUGUGGCCAAGCCGGCAUUCAGCUUUGCAGAUAGGAGCGCCAAUUACUUUGGUCUUCCGGCCUCUUAUGCCUCAAACGACAAAAUCUGCCCCUACUCACCCGGGAAGAGCUUCCUGCCCGUGAUCAAGAGGGGCCUGGACUCUUAUACCUGCACACUUAACGUUGGCGAUACCGCUUCUUCGAUCAUCUGCCCUGUAAUCUCAAAUAUCGCUGUCCCAGGGGGAGGUCAUACGUUGAUCUAUAUCAGCAUUGGACCAGACCGCGACCCACUCAUGGCAACCACCUUCAUCGCCGGUCCAUACCCUACUCCCCUAACCGACUCGGUCUACACUACCAUCACAAAUACGCUUACCGCCACGUCCCAAUAUGCCCCUGCAGGAACACAGGUUGUCUACUUCCAGCCAGCAAUGCAAACUGCCUCGCCUGGGCCUGCACUGUCUCCCCAGCCUAGCAGCCCGAUGCCUCCGCCUUCUUCCCCAUCUAAUCCGUCGGAUCCAUCCAACCCAUCCGAUAUAUCCAACCCGUUCAAUCCGUCUAAUCCAUCAGGCACCCCAAAUACUCCAGGCUCUCCAGACACUCCAAAUUCUCCGGCAUCUACAGUCCCUACGUCGAACACCUGCCCAAACGGGACUUACAUGAGUACAUCAGCCGGGAAAUUCGUCAUUGAGUGCUACAUUGACCGUGCUGAUGGCGACAUGGGACCAGUCGACGCCAACAGCCUAGAAUCGUGUGUACAAGCCUGUGCAUCUACGAAGGGCUGCGUUGAUGUCUCAUGGAUGGCUGAAUCUCUGGGUCCAUGCUAUUUGAAGAAUGGCCAAGGCGACCCGAACCCGAACAUUCAGGUUUGGGGAGCAAGAUUGUUAGAUGAUACUGACCCAACAACAACUCCGAACUACCAACCAAAUCCCCAGCUGACUAGCUCUUCCGGUCCUUCAUGUCCUGGGUCCGAUGGCCAAUCUUACUAUAGCAAUGGUAAAGUCUUCAAGAUCACAUGUGGUAUUGAUCGUGCCGAGGGUUAUCUAUCUUCUGGUUGCCCCGUCGUCAAUGUUAGCCUAGGCGGGUGUAUGGACGCAUGCGCAACCACCUCUGGCUGUAUUGACAUGAUGCUGUCCGGAUCUACUUGUUUUCUCAAGAUUUUAGUCAAUCCGACUGUGAACAAUGCCGAGGUUGCUGGAGCGAAACUCGUUGGAUCAUACGAUUCGACAACCACUGUCACCACCGCCAUUCCUGUUGGGACCACAGCCGCUCCUGCUGAAGCCACAGCCGCUCCUGCUGAAGCCACGGCCGCUCCUGCUGAAGCCACGGCAACUCCUGCUGAGGUCACGGCUACUCCUGCUGAAGCCACGGCUACUCCUGCUGAAGCCACGUCCACUCCUGCCGAAGCCACAGCCACUCCUGCUGAAACUACGGCCACUCCUGCUGAAACUACGGCCACUCCUGCUGAAACUACGGCCACUCCUGCUGAAACUACAGUCACUCCUGCUGAAACUACGGCCACUCCUGCUGAAACUACAGUCACUCCUGCUGAAGCCACGGCCACUCCUGCUGAAGUCACGGCCACUCCUGCUGAAGCCACACCCAUUCCUGCUGAAGUCACACCCAUUCCUGCUGGAACUACUACGAAUGAAGGCGGUGUGCCUACGGUGACGGAAACCGCGGCGCUCCAGUGUCCGGCAGACAAUGCAACGAUUUAUACUGGCAGUUGUGGCUCAACUUACAUUGUUGAAUGCUAUUUUGAUCGUUGGGAUAGCGACAUGCUUGAUAGCCCCAAACAAGCAUUCACUCUCAACGAGUGCAUGGAAAUCUGCGAUACUAGGGCUGGCUGCGUUGACGUCUCUUGGGUCACCGACAUGCCCGGCCCUUGUUACCUGAAGUCGGCCAUCAACCCAGUCAUCCUCAACAAUGCUGUCUGGGGCGCUCGGCAACUCUCAGGUUGCACUUCUGGAGCUUCUGCAACCACACCUACUCUCGCCACAGAAGCUAACCUCCCACCUCCUCACCCUACUUCGACGGGGACGGCUACCAAGACCAUGACCAGCCGAGGAACCAGCUAA